GACUGCUCAAUUGUCAGUUAAAGUAAUCAGCACUGUAAUGCAAAAAAUGGCCUGGUCAGGAAGGGGGGUAAAUCCUCUGGAGGGCAAGUAGUUAAUAUCUGUCUGAGGUUCAGCCACUCACACUGUAUGUGUUCCCUGUGUUAAAAACUGAUAAAAUACCUUUUUCCUUUCGUUUAUUGAAUGGUCAUGUUACCUCAUUGCUGCUAUGUUUCAACCUGCAGGGCUAGAGUUGUGGGUGAGACAAAACUGAAGUGGGUGGGGGGCAGGGGCGGACUGACCAUUUGGAAACUUGGGCACUGCCCGAGGGCCUGGGGUCAG